CGCGAGCGAAUAAACAUCGAAAGACUAAGCUGGUUCGCGACUUCAAUUCUGUAAUGAUGUUCAUGCCAUUAAUGAUACACGGUUAGCAGUGAAUAAGCAAAAAAAAAAAGAAUAAGAUAAAAAAAAUUAAUUCACAGAAAAAGAACAAUUCAUAAUCUGUAAAAUAAUCAAGUGGAAUUAAGUGAAAUAAAAAAAAGGAAUUAUUUAAAGAUUUUUGCGUGCCUUUUUGCACGCCAAUAAAAUAAGGACUUUUGUACAGUGUAAUUAGUUCAAUAAAAUAAGCACAAUCAUGAAUGCUGUGGAGGUUCGAAAUGGAUAUAAAUUUUAUGGAAAGGAAAAAGAUCCGAAAAUUGUUCUCAAUCGUCUUAACAUGACGGUUACACAUGGAUCAAUAUACGGACUUUUGGGAGCUUCCGGUUGUGGCAAAACAACACUCUUGUCAUGCAUUGUUGGUGUAAAAUUUUUAAAUGCAGGCAAAAUCUCAGUAUUAGGUGGAACACCCGGCAAAAAAGGCUCUGGAGUUCCAGGUCCACGGGUCGGUUACAUGCCACAAGAAAUCGCUCUUACAGAGGAAUUCUCAAUCAAAGAAACAAUUUAUUAUUUCGGUCGUAUUUAUGGAAUGAGCACAGAAAGGAUAAGAGAACGAUAUAAACUACUUAAAGAACUCCUUGAUCUUCCACCCGGUAGUCGCCAAGUUGGUCAUUGUUCAGGUGGACAAAUGAGAAGAGUUUCAUUCGCAGCAGCAAUGGUACAUGAGCCUGAGCUAUUAAUUCUUGACGAACCUACAGUCGGUCUUGAUCCGCUGCUCAGAGAAAAGAUCUGGGAUUUUUUGGUUGAAACGACAAGGACAAGCAAGCUUGCAGUUAUUAUUACAACGCACUACAUUGAAGAAGCAAAACAAGCAAAUUGUAUAGGACUCAUGCGAAAUGGAAUUCUACUAGCUGAAGAUUCACCCCAAAAUAUUCUUAGUCAUUACGAAGCAGAAUCAUUAGAAUAUGCUUUCCUACAGCUUUGCGUUAAGCAUGGCGUCUCCGAUGAGGUUCAUUCAAAAUUACAACAAAUUAGCACGAUAUCGAAUAGCAUAGCUGGAGAUGAUAAGACAGUAAGCACGAAUGAGGUGAAAAGAAAAAAUUCAAUAGAAUCAAAUGAUUCAAAUACAGCAUGUUGUACAGGAGUUGGUGAUGUGGAUUGUAAUAAGAAGAAUUUAGUUAAAAACCUUCAAAUAACGACGAGGAAACGAAUGAAGGCACUGCUAGUGAAAAAUUUCUUACAAAUGCUACGUCAACCUGCUGGAAUGCUAUUUCUUACAUGUUUCCCAAUCUUUCAACUUGUAUGUUUCUAUGUUGCAAUUGGUGGUAAUCCAAUUGGUCUAAAACUGGGGAUUGUGGACGAUGAGCUUGGUAGCUUUAGUGAGUGUUGGAAUAGUUCUCUUAUUACCACUCACCCAUACAACGAUACCUGUGAUCUAAAUAAAGUUUCUUGCCGUUUUAUAAGUCAUAUAAAUGACAGUGUUGCCAUUAAACAUUAUUACAAGUCAUUUGAUGAGGCAUACGUCGACGCAAAGAAGGGACGAGUUAUGGGCGUCAUUUAUUUUGCCAAAAAUUUCACUCAGUCAAUGCAGGAUAUAAGAGAUGAAGCGAGUUAUGCAGCAGAAGGAUCGUUUGAGAAUGCAGAAAUAAAAAUCUAUAUGGACAAGUCGGAUCAGCAGCUGACGUUCUUCUUGGAAAAGAAAUUGAUGCAAACUUAUCAUGAAUUUAUUGAGAAGUUGAUGGGUGAUUGUAAAUAUCCGAUAAAGGCUGGAAAUAUUCCGAUAGGCUUUAAGGAUCCGAUUUAUGGGUCUAUUGAUGGUGUUUAUACUGAUUACAUAGCUCCUGGUGUUGUCAUGACAAUGAUUUUCUUCCUCGCAACUCUCAUCACGUCAACAAUCUUCAUUACAGAUCGUCUAGAAGGUAUUUGGGAUAGAACGUUAGUCGCUGGUAUAUCUACAACUGAGCUUUUACUUGCUCAUAUUAUCACACAAUCAUCUGUGAUGUUGAUGCAGUGCGUUGAAAUUGUUCUACUUGCUGCAUUCAUUUUUGAUACUGAGAAUCAUGGUGACAACUUUACUGUCAUUCUGCUGUUGAUGUUGCUCGGAUUCUCUGGAAUGCUUUAUGGGCUUUUUAUUUCAAUAUUUUGUGAUUCUCAUACGAUGGCGAACUUUAUGGCAACUGGAAGUUUCUAUCCUAUGAUUAUUCUUUGUGGAAUCUUCUGGCCACUCGAAGGCAUGCCUAUAUACCUACAAUAUAUCUCAUUCCUCUUACCAUUCACAUUACCAUCAAUCGCAGUGCGGGACAUAUUAGCCAAAGGAUGGGGCUUCUCCUAUAUGAGUGUCAUUGCUGGUUACAGCAUAACGACCGUGUGGAUUGUAGUACUUUUAAUCCUGUGUCUUAUUGGACUUAAAAUUAAGAAAUAAUUGAUACAAAUAUAAAAAAAUUUGUUUAAAGCUUUAAGUUCACAAAAAAAAAUCCAUUUCUUCACUCUCCUUUUUCUAUUGCUGAUCUUUCCACACAUUUUCCACACAUUAAGCACAUUUGUAAUUUUACGAGUAUUUCUAUGUCAGAUGUAGGUAGUUUUAUUCGGUAUACAAUUAAAUGACAAGAUGUAAUAAAAAAUUAAUGUAAAGCUCAAAACUCUUAUCAAUAUGGGAUAAUUAUAAUUUUUUUUACAUAAUUUAUACGAAACAAUAAAGGAAUUUCAAUAUCCAACAAUCCAACAAUGGAACUUGUAAAAAUGUUAAAAAGUCAA